CAUUUCUAUAAUUAAUUAGAAGUGAGAAGAGUAAAGAUGACAAUCUGAUUUCAACCACAAGCCCAGCCCAACCUAGUCGGGCCCAAAUUGUGGAGAGGGACUUGAUUUGAAGGUGACACCAAAACAGAGCAGACUAGCAAAGCAGAGGGAUGAAUUGUGAGGAAAAUAAUAGUACGAGAUCCCGCAUGGUAAACUUGCAUAGUUCAGGUACCUGAAAUGUCCUUUUCCCUUCGCCAAACCAACAGAAAUGACAAAUGAGGAAAACCCUCGAACGAUCGUACGGUAAUGGUCGAAGCAGAUUGUCCCACGUGGCGAGUAUCCAACGGCGAAAGAUAACCUCAAAACGCUGCUCCAAAUUUCGAAUGGGGAGCUUCCGAGCGCGAAAUUUGAAGUCCUCUCCUCUCUCUCUCUCUCUCUCUCUCUCUCUCUCUCUCUCUCUCUCUCUCUCUCCUCUGUAAUUAACAAAUGGUUUUUGGCUUUACUGAUUUCGAGUUUGAGAGCUCCAUCUCCAUCUCCAUCUCCCUCCUCCUUUCUCUUUUGUCUGUCUCUUCGGGGAAGAGAGAAAGAAUGGAUUCGUAGAACGAUGGAAAUUUGUGAGACGCAUAACAUGCAAGCCGUCUCGUCUCUUCCUCUUUCAACUCCCUUUGAUCUGGUACAGCGUUAAUCCUACUCCGGCUUAGUUUGAAGUGUUAGGGUUGUGGUUUGCUGUUAGUACCGAUUGGAAGAUUUUCUUUGACGACAGCCAUAGCGGGAAACCUAAUUACGUUUUUUUCGUUACCGAUUAGCAUUGUGUUUGGUUGCUGAGAAAGUUCAUGGUCGCGGUGAAAUAGAAACUUCAUGAAAAUAGGGUUUAGAAUCUGUAUUUAGGGUUUUCCUUUCCUGCUUGGAAAGAAACUCUGUAGUUUAUGGUUCGACAUUGUACUGAUGCUGUUGCAGUCGGCCUUGAAGGGUAUGUGUGUGAUUGCGAGUGUUAGUUUCUUGAAGUCCCUGAGAAUCAGAGAAAGGAUGAACUGCAGACCAAGUGGUUCCGUUCUUUAGAAGCUUUUGGAUAGUGCCGGAAUUUGGGCAUUCCCGGUGGUGCAAUUUUAAAGAUGAAGCCACAAGUGCUAGCAAGAGGGAGAGGGAGUUCCAGGGUCAAUUCGCAGCAGUCCAAUUUCGAGAUGAAGCACAAAGUGGUGCUUGCACUCAACAAGCUUGCGGAUCGAGAUACCUGCCACAUUGGCGCGGACGAGCUCGAGAAAGUCGCCGAAUCUCUAACCCCUGAUGGGAUCGGGCCGUUCCUGUCUUGUAUAUUGGACACCGAUAAGGAGCAGAAGAGUGCGGUGAGGAAGGAGUGUGUUAGGCUGAUUGGUAUGGUGGUGACAUUUCAUGGGAGUCUAGUUGUGCCACAUCUGGCUAAGAUGGUUGGCAGCGUUGUGAAGAGGCUUAAGGAUUCGGAUUCGGUUGUAAGGGAUGCAUGUGUCGAGACGAUGGGUGUUUUGGCAUCUAUGGUCAGUAACGAUGGGGAUGAAUCUGAUGGGGACUUUGUUGUGCUGGUGAAGCCACUUUUCGAAGCUUUGGGUGAACAGAAUAAAUAUGUGCAGUCAGGUUCAGCGUUCUGCUUGGCUAAAGUCAUUGAUAAUACUCAGGACCCUCCAGCGUCCGUUUUACAGCGAAUGUUGACUAGAAUUAUGAAGUUGCUGAAGAAUCCACACUUCAUGGCUAAACCGGCAGUAAUUGAGCUUACUAGAAGUAUUCUUCAGGCAGGUGGUGCACCUUCGCAAUAUAUUUUAGCUGCUGCAAUGACUAGCAUCCAAGAUGCUCUCAAGAACAGUGACUGGACUACACGCAAGGCAGCUUCUGUAGCUCUUGGAGAAAUCGCUGCUGGUGGCGGGUCUUGCCUGGGUUCUUUCAAAGCUUCCUGCAUUCGAUCCCUUGAAUCUUGCCGUUUUGAUAAAGUGAAACCUGUUAGAGACACUGUACUUCAUGCCAUACAAUGCUGGAAAACUCUUCCUGGGCCUGAUGCUGCUGAGGCUUCUGAAACGGGAUCAUCCAUAAAAGAAAACUACUGUGGAGGAGAGUACAGUGACAUCACGAGUACCAGUGGCUCUGCACAGAAAGAAAUAAUAAUGAAUAAAGUUGUAACAGACCCAUCUAAGAGAAGAUUUCCUUUGUCUGUAAAGAGAGGGUGCCAGAAUUACACCGACUCGCCACAGUCUAAAUCAGACGAUUGGCGUAUUGAACUUGCAGUUCCCAAGCAUCAUGAUUUGCCUCUGCCAGAUCCUCAGAAUGAGGAAUCUGAGGGUAGUAGUUCUAUUACCAGGACUUUAGAAAGAAUGAGCGUUGACAUUUCCAGUGCUCCUGAUGUUAGCUAUGAAUAUGUGCCAAUGGAUGACAAGCAGGACUCUUUCUCUGCGUCCAAGAGAAGUUCAGUUCAUCAUGACUCUCUCGAGAGUGGUGCUUUACUUAAAGUAAUGGGAAGACGCCAGCAUGCUGCAGCUGCAGGGAUGGAUACUGAAGAUGUGUAUUGUGUAAAUGUUCAAGAUCGUAGAAGUCUUGAUUCCACGGUUACUGAAACUACCUUCCAACCUUCACACGAAUGUUGCUCACAUGUGGCGAGUGAAGUGGCCUCAAUUAGGAAACAGCUUUCUGAGAUCGAGAAUAGACAGGCGAACUUGUUGGACCUGCUGCAGGAAUUCACAGCCGGGAUAAUGGCGAACAUGUCUGGCUUGAAGUCCAAAGUGUCAGGAUUAGAGCAUGAAGUGGAUAGGAUAUCUAGGUUUCUUGUGCAAGGAGCUAGGCAUUCGGAAUCAGCAGUCUCCCGGAUUAUGAAGCAGAACCAAAAUGGUCCCUCUCCUAGAUGCACACCCAGACCAUCUAUUGAUAUUCAAUGUAGGCAGCCUUCAGAAUUUUCCGUGAAGCACACAGAUAUUUGGGAUGGUAGCAGAACUAGAUCGAUAAAUUCGGUAUCAACAAAACAAGCUACAGAAAUUAGCCCCAAUCCCACUGCAGUUGCUACUAGGAAUCUUACAGGGAAAGGGAUGCUGAAAAGUUCAAGUAGAGGUUCCCAGAGCACAGUUCCAAAUGUUAAGAAUGGCAGCAGGCAAAAUGGGAUGGAGAACCAGAACUUCUAUUGGGAACGUGUAAAAGAUUUUAUGCGCGAAGGGGACGUGGACUCUGCAUAUGCGGAAGCACUUUCCUCUGGCAAUGAACUCAUUCUAGUCGAGCUUCUCAAUAGGACUGGUCCUGUGCUGGAAUGUCUUUCCGGCCAAACCAUGUAUGAAGUUCUUACAAGUUUGGCUUCACUCUCCUUGGAGCAGAGAUUUAUCAACUCUAUCAUACCCUGGCUGCAUCAGGUUGUGGAACUGAGCUCAAUCCAUGGACCAGAUUACCUUGGCCUCUCUUCUAAAGGAAGAAGAGAAUUCUUGUCUGCAAUUCAGGAGGCAGCCGGCAUGGGAUUCUCGAACCCUGCUGAAAGAAAAUCUGUCACCCAACUUGCAGCUAAACUGCAGCAACUGUGGGGAAGGAACCCUUGACUUCUCCAACUGGAUCAACUCAUCAUGUCUCUGGCCUGCCUUUUAUGGUCAUUUGGUAACCGUCGUUUUAGCUUUUGAUUGCCUUAGCUUUGCUGGUGAAGAAUGUUAUCAGUAAAAUCGAGAUGAAAAAGACUUGCAAGCAUUUGGAAAAUUAACCAGUGAUAUAUAUGAAGUUACAACUACAGCAUAACGAUAUAUGUUACAGAUUAUUCUAUCGAAGAUUAUAAUCACUUCGUCACAGUUGAAUAGCAAGUAGUGACUGCGAUCCAACGUAAUAAAUUCAACGUCUUAAAAUCAAUGUCUAAAAUCACUGAUUUUUUUUGGAGAUAAAAUACAUGGCAUGCCAUUAAAGCAUGAUACAUGAAACCGUACAGGGUAUCUGCGUAUCGUACUGGAAAAGUCAGUGAUAUGAUAUUUUAUGAUAAAAUCGUGGUUUUACCGUUAGACCGUUAAAUACUGCUUACUGAUUUAGCCUCCGAUACUGGUAUUUCGUGGUUGAACCAUCAGUACGAUACGUUGAAAUAGAACCAAGGUAUAUCUUUUUGAUCCGAGGUUGUGGACCAUAUUAAAGUGCGAAAAUUGAGAGUCAGUUAGAGCGUUGGUAUCACUUAAGUUAAACAUUCGUGCACAUCUACCCGAAAUUCUAUAUUGAGUACCUUAAGGGUGGGCAUUGGUUCGGCCUGGACUGAAUCGGACCAAAUUCAGGAGAAUUGUGGUGCAUAUGGUUCUGUUCAAAUGUCAAUUCAAUUCAUUUUUUUCCAGUAUUUAUAAAUUUCACUGGAUCAAUGAUCAGACCAUAUUAUAUUCAAUUCGGUGUAGUCUGAUCCAAACAUCGAUUUGGUCCGAUGUGGUAGGGUGUGGACCAUUGCCCAACCCUAGCACCUAGGUACCACUUCUUAAAGUGAAGGCCAUUGAUAUACUUAGGGAUGGCAACAAAACCCGAACCCACGGGUACUCACCCGACCCAACCCGGUCAAUGCGGGUAAAAUUCGUGUUGACGGGUUUUGGGCCGGGUUUGGGUUUAAACCCGUUCACUAUUCAUCGGGUUGGGUUUGGGUUUAGGUAAACCCGAUCCGUGGGUACCCGCCCACACCUAUAUAAUUAAUUUUCUCGGUAUAUUUGAUAUUCUAAGCAACUAAUCUUAUUUAUGUUUGUGGAGACAUGUCUAAUUUUUUCUUUCUAAUUGUGUAGAAUUAAGUUGAUGUUAUCGAGUAAAGAGUGAAAAAAAUUAAUUGAAAGGAAGAAGCUUUCAAUUAUUCAUGUUAUUUAUGGAUAAUUUGUGAUUGCUUCAAUUUUCUUGAGUUUUCUAAAUUGGUGUUGAAAAAUUUGUAUAGUUAAUUUGUAAUUUUCUUGAAUUUUCUUGAAUGGUGUUUUAUAUAUGGAUAAUUUGUAUUGAGAGAUUGAUAUUUGAAUUUAAUUUUGAUAGAAAUUUGUUAUUGUAAAUUUUUACGUCAAAAACCCAUGGGUACCCAUGAACCCGCGGAUACCCAGCGGGUUGGGUUUGAGUUUUUCAAACCCAAUGGGUUUUACCCCGGGUUUUUUUCAAGGAUAAACCCAUGGAUUUGGGUUUGGGUUUGGCAAAACCCGACCCAACCCGACCCAUUGCCAUCCCUAGAUAUACUCCAUCAUUUCCUCUUUUGAGAGAUGUUUGCCUCAAGGAUUAAAAUAGGGUUAUAGGUAUAAUAUGCCCCUUUACUAUGACGUUUUAUCAAACAUGCCCCUUUACUAUUUUUUACAUCAAAUAUGCCCCUGUAUUUUGUAAAAAUGAUCUAACAUGCCCUUUUUGUUAAAAUUUUCCUCCAAAAAUCGUUAACCAAGGCCGAACUUUAGUUUGGGCGACACAAAUGACUAUAAUAUCCCUAAUAAAUUCACUUUAGAAUU